GGGGGCUGGGGAAAAUAAAUUUCUAGAGAAGAAGGAAGAAAUGGCCGGGAGUUUCUUUACCUCCGUCGCGGUGAACCUGGUCUCGAAAAUCGGUGGGUACCUGUUUGCUCCCAUUGGGCGUCAAUUUGGGUACGUGUUAUGCUACAAGAGCUACGUCGAAGAUCUCCAAACUGCAGUCGAGGAGCUGGAGGGUGCGAGAGAAAGUGUGCAGCAGUCCGUCGAUCAAGCCAGGCGCAACGUAAACCCAAUACGCCCUUAUGUUGAGGAUUGGCUGGGGAAAGCAAUGAAGGAGGCUGAGGAAGCACAACAAAUGUUAGAACGUGGCAAGACUGCAAAGAAUGCUUGCUUCCGCGGGUGGAUUCCCAAUCCAUUGGUGCGCCAUCGAAUAGGCAGACAGGUGAGGGAGGCAACUGAAUUCAUUCGGGUACUCCGUGAGAAAGCCCGAAAUAGCGACUUCAAGAAAGUCUACGAUGAGAAUAUUCCACCAGGAAUUGUCAUUGGUCCCCCGAUUCCAGUUACAAGAGAUGCCUUGGAGUCGAGGGCUUUGAUCGCGGAUGAUGUAACUAAGGCUUUAGCUGAUGACAAGGUCCAUGUGAUUGGGGUGCAUGGAGUAGGUGGGGUUGGCAAGUCCAAGCUUUUGGCGGACAUCAAAAACAGAGUGAAGGGAGAGAAGCUGUUCGAUGAGGUUGCCAUGGUAGAUGUAUCACGCGAUCCAGAUCUAAAAAGAAUUCAGGGAGAAAUCGCUGACUCACUCGGCCCGAACCUAAUGAAUAUGGAGACUACUCGUGGGAGAGCAGAACUUCUGAAUCAGAGGUUAACGGGAUUAAAGGGGUGUCCUAAGAAAAAAAUUCUCAUCCUUUUAGAUAAUUUGUGGGAGAAGCUAGAGUUGGAGAAAGUUGGAAUACCUUGCGGAGAUGAUAAUAAAGUAAGGGGCUGCAAGCUAUUGCUGACGUCAAGACGCCGAGAUGUUUUGCGGGAUGACAUGUGCUCUGACCGAUUAUUCGAACUCAAAGUGUUAAAGUAUGGUGAAGCACGAAGACUUUUUGAAAGUAGAGUGGGGAACAGAGUUGACGAUCCUGAUUUUGCACCCUUCGUAGAGGGAGUGGUUAGGAAUUGUAAAGGCUUGCCACUUUGGAUUGUUUUGUUGGCAAAAACGUUGAAGCACAGAGAUUUGACUGCAUGGAGGAGUGCUUGGACCAAUAUAGGUGGGUCGGUUGAGAAAUCAAUAGAACUAAAUUACAAUGAGUUAAAAGACAAGAGGAUCAAAUCGGUGUUCUUGGUUUGUUCUCUACACUCUGGGAGAAUUUCGUUGAGGGAUUGCCUUGUCUAUUGCAUGGGUUUGGGUUUAUAUGACGAAUUAUGCAAGACCAUCGAAAACGCUAGAGAUCAGUUGAGUACGGAUCUGCAUAGCCUGAAGGACUCCUCCUUGUUACAAGAUAACGAUGACAAGAAAUGGUUCAGAAUGCACGAUGUCAUUGUUGACGAGGCCAUCUCUAUUGCUUCCAAGGAAUGGGACGCCUUGGUCGGGAGGGAGGGUGAAGCGUUUAAAAAAUGGUCAAAGGAUGAGCUCAGAAAAUGCACAGCGAUGUCCUUGCGUCGGGUUGGCAUUGCUGAGCUUCCUGAAAAAUUGGACUGCCCAAACUUGAAUAUACUUCUAUUAACCGAACACAAUCCGUCUCUCAAAAUUCCCCCAUCAUUUUUUGAAUCUAUGAAGAAGCUCCAAGUCUUGGAUAUUACUGGCUUAUCUUUCACCUCUCUACCUUCAUCGAUUGAGCUCCUUGAAAACCUCAAGUCCCUAAGUCUUGAUGACUGCCAUCUAGAGGAUGUGACUGCUCUUGGAAAGCUGAAAGGAUUGCACUCCCUAAGUUUCUCAAACUCUACAAUCGCUCGGCUGCCCAAAGGAAUAGAUAGAUUAACGGAAUUGAGAUUUUUGGACUUGAGAGGGUGUAAAGGGCUCAAAGUUAUCGAACCUGGGGUGCUUGGAAGCUUGGUUAAUUUAGAAGAACUGUAUAUUGACAGCUUUGAUCAGUGGCAGGCCGAGGAUGACGCGCUGCGAAGCAACGCCACCCUGGCUGAGUUGAAGAACAUGAAAAAGUUGAAAACUCUCUACAUUACUAUUCCUCAUUCUACCACUCUCUCAAGCGACCUCCCAUUUGGAAAUCUGAACGAGUAUAAAAUACAAAUUGGGGGCACUGAGGGUUGGUGGGGUAGAUACGAAGUGUCCAGAACGUUAAAGAUCAAGCUUGAUUCCGGUAAUCUUCUCCGUGAAGUGUGUAUGCAGGAAUGUUUGGGAAGAACGCAAGAUCUCUGCUUGGAUGGAUUACAAGACGGCGGAGAUAGCAUUCACAACUUGUGCACCGAAGGUUUUCACGAAUUGAAGCAUCUUCACGUAAAAGAUAACCGCUCAUUUCAGUACGUUGUUGACUCCACAAAUUGCUUGGCAUUUACGAAAUUGGAAUCGUUGGUUCUCGAGAAUUUGAACAAGUUAGAGAAGAUUUGUCACGAUUGUCUUGAAGCUAGUGAGGAUGUCGAGAUUCUAUCUCGAUUGACCACGGUGUUGAAGGUGCACAAUUGUGAGAAGUUGAGGUUUCUUUUUUCUUCUUCAAUGGCUAAAACACUGCUGCAAAUAAAAGUAAUAGAGAUAGUGAAUUGUGAGCUGUUGGAGGAAAUUAUAGAUGUGGAAGAAGAAUCAGAAGAAGUUGCAUCCAUCGACACUUCGGAGUUUUCUCAGUUAACCUCUUUAUCUCUUGAAGAAUUGCCAAAUCUCAGGACAUUCGCUUAUGGGAUGUAUCAUAUUUACUGCCCAAUCUUAACAAGAUUAAGGAUAUCUGGAUGCCCUAAAAUGACGACAUUCUCUUCAUUUAAAGGAAAGCAACAAUCGAUAGCAGUUGAUACAGAUUUACAACAACCAUUUGGUGGUGUCAACUCUAGCUUGUCCUUGCCUAUACUCUUCGAUCGAAAAGUUCUUUUUCCGAGCUUGGAGGAAUUGACCCUCGUAUCGUGUGGGUUGAUGAAGAUAUGGCCCAAUGAACUUUCUGAAAAAUCAUUCUGCAAACUAGCAUCCAUCACAGUCCGAGAUUGUGAAAAUUUGUCUCAUAUUUUUCCCUCAACUUUAAUAGAGAGGUUCCAGAGCUUGAAAAUGAUCGAGGUGGUCAAGUGUACCUCUUUGGAAGCAUUAAUGGAACAUGUUCCUGUCAAUUCUAAAGAAAGGCAAAAACAUCUAGUCUCGUUAAAAUUAAAAGAAGUGAAGUUGUGGGACCUGCCGAGGCUGAAUGCGUUGGUGCCAAGCAGCACCAAAGCAAUGUUAGGUCUUUCUAGUUUGACUAAUGUUAGCUUGCGCUGUUGCCACAGUUUGAGAUUUCUCUUCACAAAUGACACAUCCAGGACUCUUGAUAAACUGGAGAAGCUAGAAGUUUCUGGUUGCAAUAACAUGCAGGAAGUAAUCGCCAGGGAAGAAAGUGGAGAGAGAAAGUUGAAGCCAGUGAAGUUCUCUCAUUUACGUACAUUAGAGCUUUGUUCCCUUAAAAGCUUGAUUAGUUUCUGCUCGGGAAGUUGUGCAUAUGAGUUUCCCUCCCUUAGAAAGCUCUCAAUUUUGGAGUGCACUGAAGUGAAGGCGUUCAUACUGAGGAUGUCAGCACCAAGAGUGGAGACGAUGAAUCGGGGAUCCGCCGGUUUUGAUGAAAGUCCACAUUCUUUAUUUGACGAGAAGGUUGUAUUUCCCAUAUUGGAAAAGCUACGUCUAACAGGAAUUCAAUCCAGACAACUUUGGGAGAAUGAGAUGCCCAAUGAGUCCAUUUGUCGACUGAAGGUCCUUGAGGUGAAGCAGUGUCCCAACCUAUUGAAUGUCAUUCCAGCAUUUAUGUGGAAGAGGCCACUUCACUGCAUGGAGUCCUUGACAGUUGAGGAGUGCCCACGUCUGAGAAACCUUUUAACAAUCUCUAUGGCAAAAAGUUUGGUACAACUCCAGCAUCUUAUUCUAGGUGGCUGUGGAGAGAUGGAGUGCAUUAUUGCCAGAGAAGAGGAGAAACCUGAAGAAGCAAUUGAUAUAAUUGAAAUUCCUCAACUUGUCACUCUACAUCUUCACAAAAUGAUAAAACUCAGGAGUUUCUGCCAUGGGAAGCAUAUUUCAAAGUGGCCCUCCUUGGAGAAUUUUAUUGUUGAAGAUUGUAAUGCUGUGGAGGUGAUUAUAGGAGAUGCCGGUUGUAGAAGACUGGAGGGCAGCGUUCCAACGCAACAGCCACUUUUGCUAGUCAAAAAGGUCAUUCCACAAUUGGAGAUAUUGAGAUUAGCGAGGGAGGAUGUUGUGAUGAUACCGCAGCAUUACAUCUUUCGCAAUCUCAGAGGGCUGGGUUUGGGAUGCUACCACGAUGAGAAUGUCGCCUUUCCCUCCGACUUCCUUCUCCGGAGAUUUCCCAACCUGGAAGGGCUUGGUGUGGGUUGUAGCUCUUUCGAGGAGAUAUUUCCAGAAGAUAAGUUUGGAUGUGGGGGAGCUACUCUCUCUGGAAGUCUAACCGACAUGGAAAGACCUCUCAAGGCACUUGGAAAUUUGAAGCAACUUCAACUGUAUAAGUUGUAUAACCUGAGCCGACUUUGGAAAGAUGGCUCCUUAAUGGCUGAAAUCCUUAAACAGAUUGAAACUCUGUGGGUUUGGAAUUGCCCGAAUUUGUCAAUCGUGUUUCCAUCUCCAACUCCAUUCGAGAGAUUGAAGCAAUUAAAAGUAGAGGACUGUGCUGGUUUAGUACAUAUCGGGACUUCCUCAGCUGUGACAAGUCCGGUGCACCUUACUAGGCUAAUCCUAAGAAAUUGUGGUACAAUGGAAGACGUGGUAACAACAGAUCAUGGAAAUGGAGCAGAGGAUAUCUCUUUCCCCAAGUUGCAAGAGUUGAUACUUGAUUGUUUACCAAGCCUUGAGAGCUUCUCUCCCACGAAUUGCGCAUUCGGGUUCCCAUCAUUGGUGCGUGUUGUCGUCACGCAAUGCCCCAAGAUGAAUAUAUUCUGCAAGGGUGCCUUGAGGACACCACAACUAGACAAAGUAGUCCUCUCCGACGGGGAUGAUGAAUGGCGUUGGGAGGGCGACCUCAAUACCACCAUCCAAACCUUAUCGAUGUGA